AUGUCAAACCAGAGCGUUGUCCCAACGGCCUACGAGCCGAAGAACAUGAAGUUCCGCUACCUGGGGAACACUGGUCUCCAAGUUUCACUGUUUUCUCUUGGCGGCUGGCUCACCUACGGCGGCACUCAAAAGGGUGACAUCGUGAAGGAGUGCCUCAAGACUGCCUGGGAGCAUGGCAUUCAAACCUUCGACACAGCCGAGAUCUAUUCCAAUGGCGCCUGCGAGAUCGAGAUGGGUCGCGCACUCAAGGAACUCGGCUGGCCACGCGACGAGUACGUCCUCACAACCAAGAUCUUCUUUGGCACCGGUCGCAAGGAGCCCAACACGCGCGGUUUGAGCCGCAAGCACAUCGUCGAGGGCCUCAAGUCGUCAUUGCAGCGCCUACAGACCCCUUAUGUAGACAUCGUCUUUGCGCACCGGCCCGACCCCGCCACGCCCAUGCUCGAGAUCGUCGAGGCCUUCACCCAGGUUAUCCGCAACCUCAACCUUGCCUACUACUGGGGCACGUCGGAGUGGAGCGCUGCCCAGAUUACCGAGGCGAUCCAGCUCGCCGAGAAGCACAAUCUGAUUGCGCCUGUGGUCGAGCAACCGCAGUAUAAUGCCUUCCACCGCGAGCGGUUUGAGGUCGAGUACGCGCCGCUGUUUAAGCAGUACGGCUAUGGCACCACCAUCUGGUCGCCUCUGGCCAGCGGUCUGCUGACGGGCAAGUACAACGACGGUAUUCCGGAGGGCUCGCGGUUCGCGACCAACAAGGCGUUCUUUGAGAAUACCAUCAAGGAGCUGCAGACGCCGCAGGGCCAGGCGAAGAUCGAGAAGGUCAGGAAGCUGACAAAGAUCGCUGAGAAGCUCGGUGCCUCGGUUACGCACCUCGCACUGGCUUGGGCGGCGAAGAACCCCAAUGUCAGCACAGUCAUUCUGGGUGCUACCAAGCCUGAGCAAAUUGUGGAUAACCUGAAGGCACUUGAGUUGCUUGACAAGCUGACCCCUGAGGUUUUGGCGGAGAUCGAAGAGGUGUUGGAUAACAAGCCGAAGCCGGUUAACACUUUUGGCCGGGAUCGCUAA